AAAGGCGGAGGACGGAAGGAGGCAGAUGCGAAAACCCGCUACACAGGCACAGAGUGACGGAUUACAGGGACAGCAACACCAGACAACAGACACAGUCAAGACACUGAGACAACCUCAUCCAAUUCAUCACAGACAUGGCAAAGAUCUACAAGAAGACCAGUGGCAACGGAUCUAUUGCUCUCUACCUGGGGAAGAGAGACUUCGUGGACCAUGUGGAGAGUGUUGACAUCGUCGAUGGGGUGAUCAAGGUGGACCCCGCUGAACUUGAAGGCAGGAAAGUAUGGGUGUAUCUGGCAUGCUCCUUCCGUUAUGGUAGUGACGACCUGGAUCUGAUCGGGAUGAACUACAGAAAAGACAUCUGGAUACAGAGACAGCAGAUCUACCCUGUUGUUGGCACCAAACCAGCCAACACUGCCAUGCAGGAGGCCCUCCUGAAGAAAUGUGAGGACCAAGGCCAUGCCUUCACUUUCAAUAUUGAUAACAACCUGCCAUGUUCAGUCGGCCUUCAGCCUGCACCAGAGGAUGUCGGCAAGGCUUGUGGUGUCGACUAUGAGGUGAAAGCCUACAUCGCCAAUGAGGCAGACGAUCCUGAUGAGAAAAUUAACAAGAAGGACACUUGCCGUCUGAUCAUUCGUAAGAUCCAGUUUGCCCCAGGAACAAUACCUGCUGGACCCCAUGCUGACAUCAGCAAGAACUUCAUGAUGUCUGACAAGCUAGUCCACCUGGAGGCCUCCAUAGAGAAGGAGCUCUAUUUCCAUGGAGACCCAAUCCCUGUAAAAGUCAAAGUCAACAAUGAAACCACAAAAGUGGUGAAGAAAAUUAAAGUAACAAUUGACCAGACAACAGAGGUGCUGCUUUACCAAGCUGACAAAUAUACCAAGACUGUUCUGAAUGAGGAAUUUGCGGAGGAAGUAAAAGGAGAAUCCACCCUGGAGAAGACAUUCACGGUGAUCCCUCUUCUGUCCAACAACAAAGAGAAGCGUGGUCUGGCCGUGGACGGCAGACUAAAGGAUGAGGAUACCAACCUGGCUUCCACCACACUCAUUCGUCCUGGCAUGGAUAAAGGAAUGCAGGGAAUCCUAGUCACUUACAAAAUCAAGGUCAACCUCUUGGUCUCCAGCGGAGGCCUCUUGGGAGGCCUAACAGCCAGUGAUGUCGGAGUAGAAUUACCUUUGGUAUUGAUGUCUCCCAAACCCGCAGAUGUCCCUGUGGAGUAAAUGCCUCUGUAGUGCAGAACGGAUAUAAAAUUUGAGUAGAUUCCCCAACGGAAGAUGCAGAAGGACGAGGAGGAAGAGAAACUGCAACAGACUUGCUGAAAGGCCAACUGACAUCAGAGAAACUAAGCACCAA